AUGUACUAUUGCAGCAGAGUUUUUCCUGAAAGAUGGCUGCCAGAGCAACGUUGACACCAGGCUCUAGUCCUCCAAUGUCUUCCAGCCCAGCCGGUCUGACCGUAACACUGUCACCAGAUGCGGUCCCGUUCAGCCCGCUGUCUCCGGGACACCGGGAGGAGAUGGGUUCGGUGUCGGCCCGGUUCUCCCACUCCGCGUCCAGGCUGGUCUCCCUGCGAGCAGGAGACUCAUCCAGCCUGAAGACACAAGUCAACCUGCUGUUCGACCAGCUGAUAUCUGAAAACUACAGCCCGAACCACAACAUACGGCCCGAGGAAGUGUGCGCGCUGCUCAUCCACGUGACCCGCCUGGUUCCUCUCAGCCAGGAGCACUUGGUCGUCAAGCUAUGUCAGCUCACACACCACCUCCUCAACCAGCUACAGGUGAUCGUGGACGAGCAGACCCUGAAUGUGUGUGUGUGUUACGUGGUCCGUGCGCUGUCUGUCUGUAGCCUCUGGACUCACAGUGAGGUGCUGCAGGCGUUGUCUACUCUGAUCUAUGGAAACGGACCUCGCUGCUACCAGCACCUGAGUGAGUUGCUAGGUGAUGGUGGAGUUGUGCGUCUCUAUAGCGACCCGUCUCAGCCAGACAUGGAGCUGCGCCGUGGGGCCCUCACCUGCAUGGCGAACCUCUGCCUGGGUGUUCCAGGCCAGGCGUCCCUUGACGACCCGUACAGGAGGGUGUGUUUCAGAAUCUUCCUGCAGACGCUCCAGUCCCCCAAACCCCCGGACGCUGAGGAACUGCUCUACUGCACGGUGAUCCAGGGAGCAGUGAAAGGUCUUCAGUCUUCUCUGUGUGGAGGGAAGUGGAGGUUUGGAGGACAGGAGGAGCUGGGAGCUCUACUGGCAGUUCUCAAGAGGUUCAUGUUCCAUGGUUGUCCAGGAGUGUGUGUGGAGUGGCCGGCCGUGCUGUACCCCGCUCCCCUGCCUCAGUACGAGACCUGCAGUACCCCCAAACCUCCCGAACCUCCACGCAACCCCCCCACCCAGACCUCAGGGAAUAAGAAGAAGAAGUCUCGAGGACGGGGGAGGAAAGGAGGAGAGGAGGAUGAGGAGCGAGAAGCAGAACCCAGGCUCCAGAGAGGGGGAAGAGGGGAGGCCUGGUCUAAGACCUCCGGCCUUCCUUCUCCAGUCGUUCCGUCUCUCUAUCCGUUAUGGAAGAGGAGCAGUUCUGAUUCGGAAUUCUCUGAUCCUGAGGGAGCAGCUCACAGUAAACUGAGGUUAUUCCAUGGCAGGGUGCGACAGGGUGUAUUGCUGUGUCUCCUGGCCGUGGUGAAGGCAGUGGAAAAGAGGACGCUGUAUGGCUAUUGGUCGUCGUUCAUACCGGACGCACCCAUUGGUGGACCUCCUCCUCUCACACUGCUCACUGUAGUACUGAAGGACCCCUCACCUAAGGUGCGUGCGUGUGCACUCCAGGUGGUGUCUGCAUUGCUGGAUGGUUCCCGUCAGUUCCUGGGCGUGGCUGAAGACUUGGCUCCAGCCAGAACCUCGUACAUCCCGUUCUCCUUCUCCCUCGCCACCGCCGUCCGCGAGCUGCACCGCUCGCUCUCCCUCGCUCUGCUGGCCGAGGCCUCUGCUCACACGCUCACUCAGAUCGUCAAGUGCCUGGCUCACCUGGUGUGUAAUGCUCCGUAUAACAGGCUGAGACCCGGCCUGCUCAGCCCGCUGUGGAGACAGAUACGACCCUAUCUCCGACACAGAGACGUGAACGUGCGGGUGUCUGUUCUGACGCUGUAUGGAGCGUUGGUGUCGACCCAAGCCCCUCUUUCUGAGAUACAGCUACUCCUCACACACACCUCGCAGGAGACGGUGCAGAGCUGGAGGCAGAAAGAGGAGGGCUUUUCCUCGCCUCACACUCCACCCUCACACAAAUACCACAGUCCUCGGGGCUCACGUACUCCAGGAGAGGAGGAGCCGGGCGUGCCCUGGCUGCUGCAGCUGUGUGUGUCGCUUGUCACUCAACCCAGGGACGACCAAUCAGACAGCGAGGGUCCGGGAGGAGGAGGGGCUGCAGCUCUGGAGCCGUCCCCAGUCCGCCUGGAGGCCUUACAGGUGCUGGCCCACCUGGUGCGUGGUUACUUCCCUCUGUGCCAGGUAUGUCUCUGUGAGCUGGGGCAGGUGAGCGCCCGCUGCCUCCGAGAGACAGACCCCUCCAUUCAACUACACGGAGCCAAGUUGCUAGAGGAGUUGGGGACAGGUAUCAUCCAACAGUACAGACCAGAGAGCAGCCAGUCAGAGAGCUGCAGGGUCCCCAUCUCGCAGGUGGUCCAGUUCUGGGUGGAUGUAUUGAGUGGUCCGUUGAACGGAGCCCUUCAGAGUCAUCAGCAUCCGACUCUACAGACCAGCGCCUGUGACACCCUGUCCUCUAUCCUGCCGCAGGCCUUCACACAGCUACCUGUAGGUAUCCUCUAUCCUGCCUUCACACAGCUACCUGUAGGUAUCCUCUAUCCUGCCUUCACACAGCUACCUGUAGGUAUCCUCUAUCCUGCCUUCACACAGCUACCUGUAGGUAUCCUCUAUCCUGCCUUCACACAGCUACCUGUAGGUAUCCUCUAUCCUGCCUUCACACAGCUACCUGUAGGUAUCCUCUAUCCUGCCUUCACACAGCUACCUGUAGGUAUCCUCUAUCCUGCCUUCACACAGCUACCUGUAGGUAUCCUCUAUCCUGCCUUCACACAGCUACCUGUAGGUAUCCUCUAUCCUGCCUUCACACAGCUACCUGAGAAGAGCCAGGUUCUGUGUGUAACAGUAUUGUUGGGGCUGACCUACAGUGAUAACUCUCUGGUGAAGGCUGCUGCAGUCAGAGCUCUGGGAGUCUACAUUCUGUUCCCGUGUCUACGAGAGGAUGUGAUGUUUGUAGCAGACACGGCCAAUGCCAUCCUGACAGCCCUGGACGACCGCUCACCCAAUGUCCGCUCCAAGGCCGCCUGGUCGCUAGGCAACCUCACCGACACACUCAUCGUCAACAUGGAAUGUGUUGGGGAGGUCUUCCAGGAGGAGCUGUCUGAUAUGUUAGUGCUCCAGAUGCUGCAGUCAGCCACCAAGGCUGCUUUUGACAAGGACAGGGUUAAGAGUAAUGCGGUUCGUGCGUUGGGGAACCUGCUCCACUUCCUGUCUGCCAGUCAGCUGACCCGGCCAGGGUUCCAGCGCCCCCUAGAGGAGGCGGUCAGCGCGCUGGUCACCACGGUCCAAUCAGAAGCAACGAUGAAGGUCCGCUGGAAUGCCUGCUACGCCCUGGGCAACGCCUUCAAGAACCCUGCCCUGCCACUCGAUUCUGCUUCCUGGUCCGGCGACGCGUUUUCCGCCCUCUGCUGUGUUGUCACUUCCUGUCAGAACUUCAAGGUGCGCAUCAAGUCUGCCGCUGCCCUCUCCGUCCCCACCUCCCGUCGUUGCUACGGCGACGCGGAGCGGUUCGGGCGCGUUUGGCGCUCACUGGCCGCGGCGUUGGAACACAGCGAGGAGACGCAGGACUUCCUGGAGUACCGCUACUGUUCCUCUCUCCGACACACACUCACACACACCCUCACACACCUGCUACGACUCAGCCAAUCACAGGACAUGCCCGCCCUGGGGAUGUCGCUCGUCAUGGAGGAGGGGAGGGGCUUCAAGGAACACCUGGUAAAAUACCUGAGAGGGGAGGGAGGGACGGACGGAGGGAGAGGAGGAGGAGGAGGGACGGAGGGAGGGAGUGGAGAGACGGAAGGGGAGAGAGAGCGAAAGGGGGAGGAGAGAGUGAGGACUCUGGGAGAGACGCUGGAGAGACUGAGGAGUCUUUGUGUAGAUGGGGAGGAAGAGGGUGAUGAAGAGGAGAAGAGUGCGUUGGUGGUGGUGGUGGCAUUUCUGGAGGAUGUUCUGAGGAGCUGUGAGGAGCUGAAGGUCUCCCCCUCAGAUUAACCUUUAACCCCCACACCGUAGCCCAACUCCUGUUCCCCCUCCUCAUUCCCCUUCAUGAAUUUAGGAGCAGGAUUUGCAUCGUGGACAAGAGGGUGUAGUUUCCACCAUAUUCCUCACAACAGUCCGUUGUAAUGAACGAGUGCCUAAUUCAGGAAGGAACAGAACGGGACUGGUUCAGGAGAACGGGACUGGUUCAGGAGAACGGGACUGGUUCAGGAGAACGGGACUGGUUCAGGAGAACGGGACUGGUUCAGGAGAACGGGACUGGUUCAGGAGAACGGGACUGGUUCAGGAGAACGGGACUGGUUCAGGGGAACGGGACUGGUUCAGGAGAACGGGACUGGUUCAGGGGAACGGGACUGGUCCAGGAGAACGGGACAGACCGAUGGUCUGUUUCCGGGUUUAGGUGUAGACGUGUCGACUGUGGAACGGUAAACUGUCACCAUUCCACUGAACAGGUUUUAUUCCACGUGAACAGUAAUAAAUAAUUCAUUCCUGAUGUUAAAGCAGAUGGACUGCCUUAAUACCGCUAACACUGUUCUUAUUAGUACUACUGCUGUUAUUACAGUACUAUAAGGGAUAACUCUGCUAUUAUAGAAUUACAGUGCUAUUAUUACUGUUAUAUUACAAUUAUUUUGGUGUAGAAGUUGAUUUACAGUACUAUUAUUAGUUAUAUGAUUACUAUUAUUAGUUAUAUGACUACAGUACUAUUAUUGGUUAUAUGAUUACAGUACUAUUAUUAGUUAUAUGACUACAGUACUAUUAUUAGUUAUAUGACUACAGUACUAUUAUUAGUUAUAUGACUACAGUACUAUUAUUAGUUAUAUGACUACAGUACUAUUAUUAGUUAUAUGACUACAGUACUAUUAUUAGUUAUAUGACUACAGUACUAUUAUUAGUUAUAUGACUACAGUACUAUUAUUAGUUAUAUGACUACUAUUAUUAGUUAUGACUACAGUACUAUUAUUAGUUAUAUGAUUACAGUACUAUUAUUAGUUAUAUGACUACUAUUAUUAGUUAUAUGACUACAGUACUAUUAUUAGUUAUAUGACUACAGUACUAUUAUUAGUUAUAUGACUACAGUACUAGCGCAUUAUUGUAAUAUCUUCUGUGUGUUUAUCAAUAAACUGGACCAGCGGGCGCUAGCCUCUCUUCCUGA